AUGGCUGCAAGUGUCCAGACAGAUGUGCUCAUUAUUGGCGGUGGGCCGGUAGGCUUACUUAUAGCCCACGGGUUAGCCAAACAAGGCGUGGACUCCAUCAUUGUUGAGAAGCAUGACAAGACCGAGCAAGCCAUGUACGGCCGAGCCACCACCUUGUACCCCCGUACCUUAGAGAUGUUGGACCAGCUAGAGCUCCUGGACGAACUAAACCAAAUUGGAUACAUUGCUCGAAACAGCGUGACCUACAAAGAUGGUAAAAGAGUGACUUCGCGUGGUUGGCAUGUUAUGUUUGAGCGAAUGCAUGGAACCUUCUUGGACUACUGCCUGAACAUCAGGCAGAAGUAUUCUGAGAACGUGAUCCGGGAUACAUAUGCAAAGCUUGGAGGGCGUCUGCUCGUCGGCUGGAAGCUAGAGGACUAUGCCAUCAACAACUUAUGCGGAAGUGAAUUCAAAGUGGCUUCCCGUAUCCGGAAGGGAGACACCGAUGAAGUGAUGUCGAUCAAUAGCAAAUUCAUUGUUGGUUCGGAUGGAGGCCACUCACUUGUGAGAAGGAUCGCGGAUAUUCCAACUCAAGGUGACCGUACUCACUACAAAUGGGUCCGUAUUGAUGGUGUAUUCAAAACAAACAUGCCCGAUGCCGAUGUAGGCUUUGCCUCAAUCGAAUCCAAGAGUCACGGAAAUGUUCUAUGGGUUCAGUUGGAUCAUGGCGUGAAGCGUAUUGGCUUUGCUAUGACGGAAGAGAUGCUUGCCAAAUAUGGUGAUAAGCUCACUGAAGAGCAGGCCGUGACCGAAGCAGUUAAGUCAAUGGAGCCUUUUACACUUGAGGUAGAAAGAGUCGAGUGGUGGACCUUGUAUAGCAUCAAUCAACAAGUCGCCGACUCAUUCUUCUGCAACGAACGAAUUCUCUUAGCUGGAGAUGCAUGCCACACUCACUCAUCCGGAGCUGCCCAGGGAAUGAACACGGGUGUCCACGAUGCCAUCAAUCUAUCCUGGAAGCUGGGAGGUGUGGUGAAGGGCUGGUAUGCCCCCGGGAUCUUGCAAACAUACGAAGACGAGAGACGCCCCGCUGCCCAACACCUCAUUAAGCUCGACAAAGCUUUCUCGGCAACCAUUUCGGGCACCGUACCCGAGGAGUACAAGGGAACCUCUCUGAAUGCAAACGAACUUUUCACCAAGCUCUUUGAUGACACAAUUUUGUUCAACCUUGGCCUGGGAAUCAACUACGGUGAAAGCAUCAUCAACAAAGCACCUCCAACUGGCAUGAUCUCGUCCGGUCGCAGGGGACCUGAUGCUUUGAUCAUGGCCCCUGGUUCUCGCGUUCCAAUCCGUUUGUACCAGGUGAGCCGAAACACUGGACAAUGGAGUGUUCUCAUAUUCGCCGGACAGCCCUUGAUUACCCAUGAUAGCCUAGCCCUGUCAGUGUCCAAACUGAAGGAGCUCCAAGCUAUCCUCCCAAAAGACAUGGUCCGGUUCCUAACCUUGGUGGCUGAUAGCCCAGAUGGAGGAGACAGGAUGUUUGGAAUCCCCCGAAUUGGAAACAUCUAUUACGACAAUACCCGGUCUGCCCAUGAGGAAUACACUAUCUCGACGGGUAAAGGUGCAGUGGUAGUUCUUCGACCAGAUGGAAUUUUGGGCUAUGCUACCACGUUGGAUGAUUCGGAGAGUAUCAGGAAUUUCUUUACUGAUUUCGCCUCGAUCAUCUAA